UAAAACAUAAUCGAGUACUAAAACCCGAUCCGCUGAUAAACAGCAAUCUGUGCAACGGGUACUGACACCCGACCAGCUCAAAAAAUGCUUAACCACCUUAAAUAAUGGCUAAAAAAACUGAAUUUUCUCUUCCGGAUGCUUUAGAUAGGUUUGGUUUACCCAUUUCAGUAACAACAAGUAAAAAAUGCCAGUUGAACGGAGGUUUUGUAUUUGAAGCUGGAACGAAUUUUACAGUUUUGCAACGGGAACGUAUUCAGCUUUUGUUUGGAACAGACUGGAAUGGAAAUAUCUUCCGCCUAAAUACGCGUCAAAAAGCUGAUCUUUAUGUUGACAUUUUAGAUGAAAUAUAUCCAACUGAUUUAAUGGAUAUCAUAAGUUUCUUUCCAAAUAUAAGUUACAUUCUUUCUAAGUUUUCUCACGAUAAAGAAUUUUACAGACUAGAUGAACAAAAUGAAACAUUUAAAGACUUAAACCAUAUAGCUUUGAUAUCGUCUACAGGUCAAACCUUUUAUUAUUCGUUAAAAUCUUUAUUGAACAAAAAUCUCUUUGUAUUUGUGUAUCGUAAAGAGACCACCAGUCUUGAAGUGCUUUUAUCUAGAAAAUCAUUUGCAGGAACAAAAGUUCGGUUUAUUACAGGUUUAGAAGGUCAAGUUCCAAGUGGAAAUGUUGUUCUUGAUGGUUUGUAUGUAUAUGAUUCUGUUUUAACUGUAACAACACCAAAAAACUAUCCAAAUAAAUUGCUAUACGAAAUGUUUCAGCUUGAUUCAAAUAUUGCAGUAUUUAUUUCAAAUGAACGUGAACCGUUGCAUCUUGUCGGAUUUGGAGAAUAUGGUUCUAGAGAGUAUAUUAUCAAAAUAGCGGAGAUAAUAUUUUCUAUUCACUUUGAAAUUUACACUCCUAUAUUUUACGGGCAACUUCUCACAGACUUUUUAUUUGUAAAUCAAGUAAAAAAUGAUAGUUAUUCAGACACAGUAUGUGAGUUUGACACUACGCAAGUUCCAAUUUCAAAAAUAAACAACAAUUUAUUAGAGAUUAAAAAAGAUAUUGACAAAAUUAUUGCGUUUAAACCCAGUCCUCUGCGUUUGCAAUCCACACCAGAUAAAUUAACACUCGAAAGCAAAAGCAAACUUGAAAAAUCAAUUUCUAGUUUAAAUUCAUCUUUUUUAAAUCAAAGAGCUUUAAUUCAACCUUUUUGUCUUAAUAAUGAUGAUGAUGAUGAUGAUGUUUUUAAAAAUUCAGAUAACGAAGAUGAAAUUUCACUUGGUCAAGUUGAAAGAACAGAGAGAGCAAAUAGAAGAAAAAGUAGUUAUAUUAAAAUGAAAAGUGAAUCAUUUGAUUUGAUAAAAGUAAAAAAAGAAAAGUUAACUGACUCAAAUGGUUUUAAUCAAUUCUCUGAAGCAUAUGAAAAAGCCAGUGAAAAUUCUUUUUACGGGUAUGAUACAUUUUAUCAGGCGUUAAAACAAAAAGAUAAAGACACAUCAAAAAGUGGUGUGUUUUAUAAUAAAACCUUUGAAAAUAACGUAACGCAACCAAUUUUUCCGGUAUUACAUCAUAUAAAUACUUUUGAUAAUUCUUUAUUUGAAAAUAUGAACAAAACAACAGACUUACAUUGCAGCAGUAAUAUUAUACACUCCGGGAUCAAUUCACUUGGUGAAAAAAGUUGUAAAACUAAGUCAAAAAAUGAUGCGAUGAAAAAAAUUGCUGAAUCAAAAAAAAAAAAAAAAAUGAAACUGUUUGCUGCUAAAAAAAAAACUUUAAAUAAAACAGUUUCAAAAAGUGACUCGUGCAUUCCUCAAUGUAUUGAGAAUGAAAAUUUUCUAAAUACUCAUCUAAAUUUUACAAGAUCGAGUAAUGACUUAAACAUUAGCUCCAUGAGUGUUGCUAAUAAGAAACAAAAAACAUUAAAUAAAACGCUUUCAAAAAGUGACUCGUGCGUUCCUCAACAUAUAGACAAAGAAAAAAGUUUAUAUACUUGUCUAAAUGAUUGCAGAUUAAGCAAUGAUAUUAGCACUGCCUACACAAGCGUUUCUACCAAGAAAAAAAUAUCAUUAAAUAAAACGCUUUCAAAAAGUGACUCGUGCAUUCCUCAAUGUAUAGACAAUGAAAAUAGUUUGUAUACUUGUUUAAAUAUGCCAAGAUUAAGUAAUGGUAUUAGCACUGCCUAUUCUAGCUUUGCUAGUGAGAAAAAAAAAUCAUUAAGUAAAAUGCUUUCAAAAAGCGACUCGUGCAUUCCUGAUUGUAUAGACAAAAAAAGAAGUUUAUAUACUUUUCUAAAUUUCUUAAUAUCGAAUAACAAAAAAAAGAUAAAAAAGCAGCUUUCAAAGAGUGACACGUGCAUUCCUAAUAAUGUGGAGAACAUAGAAAAAUUUUAUGCUUUCGUAAAAAGCUCGAGAUCAACAGAUGAUGUCAGCUCGGGGUCAUACAAUGCGGUAAAACUAAAUAACGUUAGUAACGAAUCACAGAGAGAAAUCGAAAGUUUAAAGGAUAUUUUUAGAUGUUCAAUCGAAGAUAUAGGAAAUAGGUUGCAUGGAUUGAAACUCGGUAAGUUUGUCAAAAAAUUUAAACAACAAAUGAUUAAUGGCAAACUGCUAGAAAGGUUAUCUGAGGAGGCACUACGUGAAAUAGGUUUAACGCAUUUCGAAGCUCGUAAAUUAUAUAAAUAUGUUCACGGGUGGAGAGUUAAAACAGUAAGCUUCUCAAAUAAUUUGGAAAAUUCUCGAGUAACUGAUUGGUCAGUAAACGAUGUUAAGAAAAUCAUGAAGAAAAUAAAAUUGAAUCGUUUAGGAGCCUUUGCUGAUGAAAACUUAAUUGAUGGUGUUUUACUUGAAGACCUUAUUAGACAUAAUUUUAUAAAAACAUUAGAUAAAGAUCACGGAAUACGAUUAACAUUGGUAGAGUUUGAAAGAUUGCGUAGUUAUGUCUAUGACGAACUUAGGUACCUUCCUCAAGAAGUUGCAUAAAUUAAUUUAAGAGGCAAAAAAAUGUCUUAUAUAUUAAAAUGUUUCAGCCAUAUUUUGAUAUUCUAAAAGCUUUCUUUAUCAUUUUUCUUCUUAUAUCAAUAUAAGGAAUUAUUUA